AUGAAACUCUCUAUCGUCGUCAGCUAUGCCUUCACGGCUUGCCUAGCCCUUGCGCGUUCUCAUGCUCAUUCUCGCCCGAACGGAACGCUACCCAAGCCCACGCACCGCCUUACUAGACACUUCAAUGCCGAUAUACUCGCCAGCAACAAAGACUGGAAAGCUGCGAGCUGCAGAGGUGAUAGGCUGGUUGAACUUAUGCCCAGUUCCGACAAAGCGGCAGGCCCAAAAAUUGAAAGCACCAAGGGCAACAACCCGCCGUCGGCACAGAGCGAGUGGCAGGGCGAUCUCAAACAGGAGCUGAAGACCUGGGGCUGGCACGAAGAGUAUGUGGGAGAUGUGUACGCUGAUAUGGAUUACUUGGACGUCACGUCGGUAGUGGAGGCGCUGGGAAUGAAUGGGAAGUCCCAAAGGGCCGGCGGCAAUAACAUCCCGUACGGAUUCCUUAAAAGCCCGGCAUCGGCGGCUAAACAUCUCUGGAAUCAGAAGCCCACCGGCGAUGAACUUCCCAAGCUCCAACGGCUUUCCGACAUCUUCUGGGGAUACUGGGUUCGCGAUAAUCCAGCCGUUGCAAAUAUCUGCUACUUCUGGAUGGUGGACAUCGCGAACGAGGACACCGCAAAAAUCAUGGCUCGAGCGCUGAGCGAAGCCGGCAAAACGAUAUCCAAAUGGCCGGGCGUCACCUUCAAUAUGGAUUCCGACGCUGAGAAGGCUAUACUUGGUUCGGCCAAUGGCGCGGUCUUUGCAUGGUUUCUGAUCCGGCACAAAGCGCAGCUUGGUGAGAGAUGGAUACCCAUGGUGACGUUGUUCCUCAACGACCUUGGCCGAUCGUGGUCUGCGGCACAUCUACUAUUCUACGUGGAAGUCGCGCCCGACAGGGAGAAGUAA